ACCAUCCAGGGCAUCCAGGCCAAGUGCUUCCGCACCCUCCCCGACCUGAUCGGCGCUUACCAGCAACCCAACAACGGGCUGGUGACACCCCUGCUCUACCCCGUGCACCGGGGGAGGCCGCAGAGGCUGCAGGAGCAGGUCCACAGCAGCCCGGCCAGUGACUUCAUGGGCUUCAUGGCCGAGUACCUGAGCGAGUGCCCGGGGGGUGACAGCCCUGGAGGACACCUGCCUUGUCCCCAUCUCCUUCAUGGUGUCCAAACAUCACCAUCGAAGCUUGGGAGAUGUCCUUGCUGGCUCUCACCUGCUCCUCUCCUCUGCAGUGAGAUUGACCUCACGCUGGCAGGUCUGGAGACACUGGCCAGGGUGUUCGACCUCCCCAUGUCCCCUCGCAGCCUGGACGGGGAGCAGGGUGUCCCGACCAGCGAUCCAGACCUUGAGCUGCUCCUCAACAAGAUAUCUGCUGUCAACCAUCUCCUCUCUUCGCUGGAGAAGAAGGUUCCUGCCCUCCCCAUGCCAUGGUGCCAGGCUGGAGAAGCCCGGCACAACCUGUCACUGCCCAGCAUGGUGGCAGCCCCCCCACCAGUGACAAAGCCCCUGGCUGUGCAGAGCUUUGAGGUGAAGGUGGGCAAGUCACAGCGGGCAGCCCUGACCGUGGACGUGGAGUCGGGCACCGUGGCCAUCAGCAAGCGGGGCAACGGGUCCCCAGAGGAGACCAUCCCCCACGACAAAAUCCUGCAGCUGAUCAAAUACCAGAGCGUGCCGAGCAAGGUGAGGCUGGUGUACAACCGGGAGCUGCAGAAGAGCCUGAGCAGAGACUUCAUCUUCCCCAGCGCACGGAAGCGAGAAGCCUUUUGCCAGCUGCUGCAGCUGAUGAAGAUUCAACACUCCAACUUGGAUGAGCCCGACCUCAUCUCGGUGUACAUCGGGACGUGGAACAUGGGCAGCACGCCACCACCCCGCUCCCUCGCCUCCUGUGCCCAGCACAUCCCUGCAGGGAACAAGGGAGCUGUGGGCGUCUCCUUCCUUUUCAAUGGGACCUCCUUCGGCUUCAUCAACUGCCACCUGGCCUCUGGCAGUGAGAAGACCCACAGGCGUAACCAGAACUACAGUGACAUCCUGCGCUCCCUGGUCCUGGGUGACAAGCGGCUCAGCACCUUCGACCUCACCCUGCGCUUCACCCACCUCUUCUGGUUUGGGGGACUCAACUACCGGACAUGGAUCUGGGACUCACCUCACCUUCCUCUCCUGGUCCAGGACAUCCUUGCCCACUUAACCAAGAAGGAGUUUGAAGCCCUCCUGGCUGUUGACCAGCUCAACCUGGAGCGGGAGAAGAACAAAGUGUUCCUGCAGUUCAGUGAGGGUGACAUCUCCUUCCCACCCACGUACCGGUACGAGCGGGGGUCCCGGGACACCUACCUGUGGCAGAAGUUCAAGCCCACGGGGCUGAGGAUCAAUGUCCCCUCGUGGUGUGACCGCAUCCUGUGGAAGUCACACCCAGAGACCCACGUGGUCUGUAACUCCUACGGCUGCACCGAUGACAUCGUGACCAGCGACCACUCGCCCGUCUUCGCCACCUUCGAGGUGGGAGUGACAUCGCAGUUCGUGCCCAAGAAGGCUCCCGGAUCCGACCCCGAGCCCCUGACCUGCAUCGAGUGGGAGAGCAUCGAGGUGACCGUGAGGACAUCCAGCCGCAGCAAGUGCUACAUUGAGUUUCACUCCUACUGCCUGGAAGAACCCCAACGGAGCGGGGAGAACACGUCCCAGAGCUGUGACAUCCCCGGCUUCCUCACGCUGGGCUGGGCU